AAGUGUUCUUCAACGACACUUUAUCACGUCGUAAACGAGUGGUUCGACAUCGCGAGCACGCUUUUUUCUUUAAGGAUGUUGACUGUUCUCCCAGAAUCCCAAGUGUUCUUCUACGACACUUUGGUCACUUCGUAGAUGACUGGUUCGACAUCGCAGAGCCCGUGAAUCGCUAGUGUGAGGAUUAAAUGGAUAAUGGAGAUAAAAGUUGGAUGAAUCACCUAAGAUGGACAGAAGAGUAUGUUGAUGGAGUGAAUUAUUUUCUUGAUAAGGCAUUUGAACGAGCUUCUCAAGGAAAUGAGAUAUUAUGUCCUUGCAAGAAGUGCAUGAAUCGCUAUUGGCAUUACAGAAAUGUGGUGGAGGAUCACUUGGUUGUUCAUGGUUUUGUUGAUAAUUACACCAAAUGGGUUUUUCAUGGAGAAGGGGUUUCAUCGAGAAAUACACCGCAUCCAAUAAAUGACGAUGAAGGUUCUAACUUGCGUGACGACAUUGAUGGACUACUUCAUGAUACAUUUAGAAAUGUAGAGGGUGAGUCAGGGCAUGAAGAAGGAGUGCGACACGGUUUAUCACGAAGAUGCAAAGAAAUUUUUUAAAUUAUUGGAGGAAGGGAAACAAGAGUUAUAUCGGGUUGUGAAAAUUUCAAUAAAUUGAGUUUCACCAUUCGGUUGUACUUAUUUAAAUCAUUACAUGGUUUGAGUAAUGUAGCAUUCUCGGACUUGUUAGAUUUGAUAAGAGAGGCAUUUCCCUUUGCUCAGAUACCAGAGUCUUUCAAUAAGGCUAGACAAGUGAUUAAAGAUUUGGGUCUUCAUUACGAAAAAAUACAUGCAUGCCCUAAUGACUGCAUGUUAUUUUGGAAGGACAAUGAGAAAGCAGGUAACUGCUCUGUCUGUGGAACUUCUAGAUGGAAGAGUGUUGGUGAUGCCUCGACUAAUUCACGCUCUAAAAUUCCUGCGAAGGUUUUAAGGUACUUCCCCUUAAAGCCUAGGCUUCAGAGGAUAUUCAUGUGUUCUGAAACAGCUGUUGCAAUGAGAUGGCACGCUAAUGAACGACCCAAUGAUGGAAAUUUAAGGCAUCCUGCUGAUGGGGAAGCAUGGAAGGAUUUUGAUCGUUUGUACCCAGACUUCUCUCGAGAUCCUCGUAAUGUUAGAUUGGGUCUGUCAAGUGAUGGUUUCAACCCAUUUAGAACCAUGAGUAUUUCUCAUAGCUCGUGGCCUGUUAUGUUGAUGAACUAUAAUUUAUCACCAUGGAUUUGUAUGAAGCCGGAGUAUAUUAUGUUGUCAAUGAUCAUUCCAGGUCCAUCAUCUCUAGGAAAUGAUAUAGAUGUGUAUCUACAACCACUAAUUGCAGAAUUGAAGGAACUAUGGGAACACAGGAUAGAAACAUAUGAUGCGAAACCGACCAAACAUUCCGAAUGCGUGCGGCCUUAUUGUGGACAGUUAGUGAUUUUCCAGCAUUAGCAAUGCUUUCAGGAUGGAGCACCAAGGGAAAAUUGGCAUGCCCCACUUGUAAUUAUGACACAUGCUCUCAAUAUCUCAAACAUAGUCGUAAGAUGUGUUACUUGGGUCAUCGUAGAUUUUUGCCUUCUGAUCAUCCAUUGCGAAAAGAUAAGAAGUCAUUUGAUGGUAAGGAGGAGCAUAGACCUGCACCUACACCUUUGUCGGGUAUAGAAGUGCUUGAAGAGCUGCAUGAAUUCAACAAUGUGUUUGGAAAGGGCAAAAAAAAAAGGCCUCGAGAUAAUAAGGGUCCGUGGAAAAAAAGAUCUAUUUUUUUUUUGAAUUGCCAUAUUGGGCACAUAACAAAUUGAGGCACAAUCUUGAUGUGAUGCACAUAGAAAAGAAUAUAUGUGACAGUUUGCUUGGGACUUUACUGGAGAUAGAUGGAAAGUCAAAGGAUCAUGUAAAUUCUCGCUAUGACUUACAAGAAAUGGGGAUACGAAAGGAGCUACAACCAAUAGAAGAUAAUGAUGGAAAUGUAAGUUUGGCUCAAGCUUGUUUCUCCAUGAAGCCCGAACAGAAAAGGUUGUUUUGCACCGUCUUGAAAAAUGCCAAAUUACCAAAAGGGUGUGCUUCUAAUAUAUCACAUCGUGUGCAAGUGAAGGAGAUGAAAAUAUCGGGGUACAAGAGUCAUGAUGCUCAUUUUAUAAUGCAUUACCUGCUCCAGGUUGCCGUUAGAAAAGUGCUGCCCAAGAUUGUUUCAUUAACCUUGAUUAGAUUGGGCAAUUUCUUUAGAGCUAUAUGUAGUAAGGUUAUAAGUAGAAGAGAUCUUGAGAAAUUGGAUUCUGAAAUUGUUGAAAUAAUAUGUGACCUGGAAAGGAUUUUUCAUCCAGCAUUUUUUGAUAUAAUGCCACAUUUACCUAUUCAUUUAGUGAAUGAAAUUAAGCUUGGGGGUCCGACUCAUCUUCGCUGGAUGUAUCCCAAUGAGAGGCACCUAUGUAAGUUGAAGACGUUCGUUCGUAAUCGAUCUUGUGCAGAAGCAUCAAUAGCAGAGGGUUUUUUGGCUGAAGAGUGCUUGACCUUUUGUUCAAGAUACCUACGCGAUGGUGUGAAGACAAGAUUCAGUAGGUACGAGACUGAGGAUGAUGAAUGUGCUCAGAAUUUGUCACCUAUAUUCCCUAAGAUAGGUCAUCCAAUUGGAAUUGAGAAGAAAAAGGAUUCGACUUUUAUGAUGGAUCCACAGUUACGUUAUGAGGCACAUCGGUAUGCCUUAUUCAACACUGGAGAUGAACAAGUUGAAAAGUUUAUCGAGGAACAUAAGAAUGUAAUGAGUAAUCAUACUAGAUCAAACGCAUGGGCAAGAGCAAGGAAUCAUAGUCGGGAAUUCAGCAGUUGGUUUGAAGAGAAAGUUAAAAAUGUUGAAGUACCCGAUUAUCUAAUAUGGCUAUCUAGAAUGCCUAAUGUGGUGGGCAAGAGAUACACUGCAUAUUUCAUUAAUGGAUACCGAUUUCAUACAAAAAGUCGGGAUGCCCCACGAAAGACUCAAAAUAGUGGAGUGACGCUAGCAGCAACAACAGAUAGUUUUGCUAGUUCUAGGGACCAAAAUCCCAUAGAUGGAGAGGUUAUUUAUUAUGGAGUUAUUCAAGAUAUCAUUGAGAUUGAUUAUUAUGGCCAUUUUAGUGUUGUACUGUUUAGAUGUGAUUGGUUUCAUAAUGAAGUAGAUGAAUAUGGGUUAACUCGAGUAUACUUCAAUAAGUUAUGCAGUAAAGAUGAUCCUUUUGUGUUGGCAUCACAAGUUCAUCAAGUUUUUUAUGUGGCGGAUCCAGUUGAGAAAGAUGUUUAUUAUGCAAGGAAUAAAGUCCCUGUUGAUUUGUAUGAUCUAGAGAAAGAGAAUUGUCCUAAUAUAGGAGACACAUUUUGGAGGGAGCCUAAUGAUGACAUUGGUCCCUCAACUAGAUUAGAUGACGGUGACGUUAGAUGGUCAAGAGAAGAUGUGCCCGCUGAUGUCGUUGAUAUUCCAUCUAAUGCACAACAUUCAGAAGAUACAAUUAUGGAAACAUCGGAAGAGGAGGAUGAGUUCGAUGAUGCUGAUUGGGAUUCCAUGGAGGAAAAUGAUUAGACAAUAAAAGACUUGAGUAAUCAUGAAUCAAGACGGGAGUUCAAGAAAAAGCAAGAGAGUUAAGAACUCAAACUUCAUUCCACCUGGAUCAGUUGCAUCUUUGCUAAGCCAAAGGGUUUUGAAUCACAAGCACAAGCAAAACUCA